AUGGAUUUUUAUAUUCAUGCUGCUACGAUUCUUGAUGAUUUAAGUCAGAGAAAAGGUUCUAUUAAGCAACUCGUAUUUAAUUCAAAGAAGCAUGAUCCUAAACGGACGUACGCGCUGGUCUGCGAGACUUUAAAAUAUAAACAUGUUUUGGACGAAGUUAUACAAUGUGCAAAGCUACCGGAUUUAGAGAAAAAGAUAAAAAAAAACCUUGUAAGGGUUUUGGUACAUGAUUUAUUGAUGUCAAAGCGUGGAAUAAGUGCAUCGACGGGCUCGAUAAAAGAAGCGAUUUUGCAACACAAGACUCGGUUGAAUGCAGAGUUUGUAAAGCUGAAAAUCCGCAACAAAGUAAAGUCGCACGAAGAGUUAGCAUUGAAGAACCCAGUUACUAUCCCUCGUUGGGUUCGGAUAAAUACAGUUAAAGCGACGAAAGAAGAAGUACUUAAGCAAUUGGCACUGACCCAGGUGUCUUCUCUAAAAGAAGUGGGACCAGGAAAAUAUUACAUGGAUGAAAUUAUAGAUAACUUAAUUGCACUUGACAGUGAAAUUUCCUUGACCAACGAAAGUUGCUACCAGGAUGGAAAGAUUAUUAUUCAAGACAAAGCUUCGUGUAUCCCUGCAGCGAUUUUGGGGAAUCAGCGACAAACAAAAGUAGGAGACAUCAUUGACGGAUGUGCGGCUCCUGGUAACAAGACAACUCAUUUGGCAGCUUUGUUUCCCACUGCAAAAAUAUUUGCUUUUGAGCGGGACGGUCAGCGAGUGCAAACACUUCAGAAAAUGGUAAACAUAUCCGGGGUGCAGAAUGUUGAAAUUAUACAUGGAGAUUUUACUCGGAGUGAUCCAAUGGACUCUAAAUUUGCAAAUGUCACGCAUAUUUUGCUAGACCCAUCCUGUUCCGGGUCGGGAAUUGUUAGUCGUCAGGACUUUUUGCUUGAAGAGUCCGAACAAGACGUAGUGGAAGAUGUAAGCCGGUUGGAAAACCUGUGUAGUUUUCAAUCUACCAUUUUGAAGCAUGCAUUGCAGUUCCCCGAAUCCCGUUACGUUACAUAUUCUACAUGCUCUGUACACCGGCUUGAAAACGAGCAAGUCGUUUGCGAUGUUUUGUCGCAAAAUCCACAAUGGAAAUGCAACACCUUGGAAAAUACAUUCCCCCAAUGGGAAGAUCGUGGCAUUCCAGAAUACUGCACAGACCCCACGAUGGCAAAGUCAAUGAUUCGUUGUGUUCCUGGGAAAUUUGGAACGAUUGGAUUUUUUGUUUGCAACUUGUAUCACCCGGGACGUGCAGGAAAUUUGUCGGAGAAAGACAUUUCGAAUGCAGUAGACAACAAUGCCAAACGGAAAAGAAAGAAUAAAAAGAAGAAAAGCACCAAGAGAAAAAAGGAAAAGAAGCUGGAAGUAGCUGAGAGUUCUACCACAGAUGCUACUGUCUAA